AGUUAGUUGAAUUCAACCGGGAAAGCGACAUGACCAGCAGCAGCAGCAGCACCCAAGUCAAGGCGUUGGCCUUGUUGACUCUUGUGGGCCUAGUGGCCGGAGCGUGCGCCGCCCUGCACCGGAUACCCGUUCACCGCUCUGGGAAGUAUGUGCGUACCCAACAGAGCCUCAUAGCCGAACGGGAACAUGUGUGGAGGAAAUACAACCUUUUGCAGAGCAAUGUCAGCAGUAACACCAGCAGCAGCAGCAGCAGUAACACCACCACCGCUGGAAACUACACCGUGGAGACCCUGUCGAACGUGUUGAAUUUUCAGUACUUUGGCAACAUCGGCAUCGGAACUCCACCGCAGUAUUUCCUGGUGCAGUUCGACACUGGAUCCUCCAAUCUGUGGAUUCCCAGCGUGAAUUGCCUGAGCAUCGAUUGCUUAUAUCACACAAAGUAUAGCUCCGCGGCUUCCACGACAUAUCAGGCCAAUGGGAGCGCCUUCUCCAUUACCUAUGGCUCGGGCAGUGUGGCGGGGACCCUCUCCACGGAUGUGGUGACAGUGGCUGGGCUGAAAAUUGUCGGACAAACAUUCGGUGAGGCCACCACUGAGACCGGCACUAGCAUGAUGGGCGCCUCGUUCGAUGGCAUCUUAGGCAUGGCCUACUCCAGCUUGGCCGUGGACGGGGUUCAACCGCCCUUCUACAAUAUGUGGAGCCAGAAGCUGGUGGACGCGCCGGUGUUCUCCUUCUACCUAGCCAACAACGGCACCUCAGAGGUCAGCUACGGUGGAGAGCUCAUCUUGGGCGGCUCAGACGCAUCGCUCUAUGCAGGCAAAUUAGUCUAUGCGCCCGUCUCCAGCCAGACCUACUGGCAGUUCCAGGUGGAUGGCGUCGCCCUGGGCGGCACUACCUUGUGCACGUACUGCCAGGCAGUGGCCGAUACGGGCACCUCACUGCUCAUUGCUCCGUACGCCAUCUAUGAGAAGAUCCUUACGAUGCUCAAUCAGCGCAUUAAGUGCGCAGACAUUGCAGAUCUGCCCACCCUGACAUUCACCAUCAGCGGUGUACCCUUCCAGAUCCCGCCCAGUGCGUACAUCGUGUCAUCGGAUGGUUCAUGCACCCUGGGCAUACAGUACAUACAGGGCUCUGAUUUCUGGAUUCUGGGCGAUAUCUUCAUUGGCCGGUACUACACGGAGUUCGAUUUGGGCAACAAUCGCUUGGGUUUUGCCUCCAUGAACUCCGGGAGUGUUCUGGGAGCAGAUAUAUGGAAGAUCUGCUGCCUGGUAGCUCUUUUUGGACUGUGGAAGCUGUUUAACCUGCAAAACUAAACCUUAAAUUUAAUAAUUAAAUUCUUACGAGCAUAUUCCAGGCAGUGAAUCAUAACCCAAAGUAGAUCGAU